AAAAGAGCUGCCCGCUUGAGGCGAGAACGCGAGCGUUGGCACUCAAAUCAACAACGAACAAUUGUGUUCUAUAGCUCCAGCAGAAUGCCGCAUUUCCCGGGAUGGGCUCCGAUCCCCCAUUUGGGAAUAAUUAAAAAAUUGGCUUCACACAUGCUGCUGAUACUGACGGACGAGUACAACACUUCUCAAGUUCACACAGGGUGUCAGCAACGGCUAACAAGUAUUCCGUAUGACGGGGAGGUUUGCGGACACAGAGAAACAAGAGAACGUGCAACGUACUCGGUUCAAGGACCUCAAGGCGGCUUCAUUCCAAAUAGAGGAAGGAAAAUAAAGUACUGUCAAGACCAGGAUGGCAAUUUGCUGAAUCCGGCAAGUGACUGUAUACAGGCACGCUCACCACCGCCAGAUUGGGUGAUGUGGAAGAUUAAAGCUUGUAAUAACCAUCCAGAGCUUUAUCCAGAGGCUGUGAUUGUAGACCGGGAUAAAAAUGCGGCAUUGAACAUAAGAAGCAUAGGCAUAGCCUAUAUGAAUAAUGAUGGACAUCCAGACUUUCGACCAGAGGCAUUCCUACCACCAGGUGGACAGCUCCCUCAACAAGCGCAACUUCAAGAACAUCAAGAAGAACAGGGGGAACC